AGCAUUAGUUGCGCGUGCUGUGACACGCCUCGGUUGAAGUAGUCUGGAAUUAAGCCAGUUUGUCAAACUGUCCGUCGUGAGUCCAAAAUGGGAAAGGUAGUCUUCAUCUCGCUUGUAGUAGCUGCCUUAGCGGCGCUGCUCGGCGAGAGGAUUGUCAACUUCAGGAAAAUGACCCUCGCCUCUAGAGAGCUGUUGCAGAAUCACCUCCCCAACUGUGUUGCGCUCAAAAACAUGGAUUAUGGCUCGGAGGAUAUAACGAUCCUUGGAAACGGGCUGGCCUUUAUCAGCACUGGUCUGAAGUAUCCUGGACUACCAUCCUCAGAUGUGCCAGGCAAGAUCUUCUCCCUUGAUAUGGAAGAUCCUCGGAUGAAACCAGUAGAGCUGCGCAUGCCAAGAAACUUUGAUCUGGAAUCAUUCAACCCUCAUGGCAUCAGUGUAUUCACCGAUCCAAAAGAUGACGCAAUAUACCUGUUUGUCGUCAAUCAUCCUCAACACAAAAGCCAGGUAGAGCUGUUCCAAUAUGUUGAGGACGACCACUCACUGCUGCAUCUGAAAACCAUAAAACAUGACCUUCUCCACAGUGUAAACGAUAUUGUGGCAGUGGGAGUGGAUAGCUUCUAUGCAACCAAUGAUCACUACUUUACCCAUGAACUCCUUAAAGGUUUGCUGGAGCCUUUUUUGUCUCAGCCUUGGGGUAAUGUUGUGUUCUACAGUCCUAAGGAAGUAAAAGUGGUCUCUGAGGGAUAUUACUUUGCAAAUGGGAUUAACAUCUCACCAGACAAAAGACAUAUAUAUGUGGUAGAUUUGUUUGACCACAAUGUGCAUUUGCUGGAGCGGAAAGAAGACAAUGGGUUGGUCACCGUGAAGGCAGUGGCUGUGGGUUCACUCUGUGACAAUGUGGAGGUUGAACCUAAAACUGGUGACCUGUGGCUAGGCUGUCACCCCAACGCAUGGAAACUUUUAAUGUCUGAUGCCAAGGACCCGCCUGGAUCAGAGGUCAUCAAAAUCCAGAACAUUCAUUCUGAUCAGCCGGUCGUGUCUCAGGUGUACGCCGACGACGGCCAAGUGCUCCUUGGCUCCUCUGUAGCAGCUACCUACGGGGGAAAGUUGCUCAUUGGCACUGUGUUCCAUAAAGCCCUGUGCUGUGAUUUGAAGUAGGCAAUUAUCCCAUAACACAUGCUUGUCCCUGUUGUACUAGACAGGAUCUGAUAAUAAACUCACAAAAGAGUGUCUGAAGAUCCACUAGGAGGAGCUGGAGGAAGGUAGAUGCGUUGCCUUUACCUGAUUCUACAGUAUAGUAAUACGCCCUGGUUACAACGGCACAUUUGAAAGUGGUUUCAGACACAGAAGUCACUGAACUACCUUGGUACUUGAACUACUCUGCAAUAAGUGCUAAAACAUAAUUUUGAAUCAAACAUUUGCUUUACUGUGAAUCAUGAAAAUAAUAUGUUUACUGGUCGCGUGAAAUUUUGAAAUCUGUACAGAUGCAUCGUUUGUAACUGAAUGUUUUACUUGUCUUAAUUGCUAUUGUUACAUUUGUUUUGGUGUAUUGAAUGUAAGUAAAACGAGAGUCGUGCUGCAA